AACAAAAGGUGAACACUUUCCUGGGACUGUGUAAGACACACCAGUGAUUUGGGAAGAGAUACGAAGCGUAAGAAGCUUAACCAUCGGUGACGCUUCGGAUGCCGCCGGCACACCGGUGACUACCCUGUCAACAUUGGGAAUCUAAGACCCAAUUUCACAUUCAAAAGGGUCACUUUGUUUAUACCGUCUUCCAUUAAGUGGGAGCUUCAGAACUGUUCAAAGUUCAGAUCUUUAUCCAUGUUUUGUCUUCAAUUGCAGGAAUAAUUAGUAUGAAUAAUUAAGAUGCAGGGUACUGAGAAGUUAAAUGGCAUAGGAUCUACAAAAUCCAGUAACUCAGAGGAACAUGCUGAGUCAAAGGUAGAUUCAUUGAGAUACAGAACAAAUAUAACAAAAUGCCGAGGGAAGAAACAAAAACUGAAAUCAAAAUCUCAUAAACUCAGCGGUUGCUUAAGUGCAUCAGGGAGGACAGUUACCAAUUCUUCCAUCAAGAGACAAGUAAAGGAUUCUUCUAAUAAAAAGAUUAUUAGACAAAGUCUACAUAAAACUGAUGGCAAAUCUUCACGGAUGCUGUCUUCAACAAUGAUACAAGGAGGAAAAUCUUCUCUUGGUUCUAGAAAGGAGGGCAAAGAUGUUGAUGGGGAGGUAAUGGUUCAAAAAGUUAAAAGAAAGAGAAAGAAGAAAAGGAGACAGGAUGAUGUUGAUCUUGAUGAUGCUUCACGCUUACUGAGAAGAACAAGGUACCUCUUAAUCAAAAUGAAGCUAGAGCAGAAUCUUAUUGAUGCUUACUCUGGAGAAGGUUGGAAAGGUCAAAGUCGAGAGAAGAUUAGGCCAGAAAAGGAGCUACAAAGAGCCAAGAAGCAGAUUUUGAAUUGUAAACUUAGUAUUCGGGAUGCCAUUCGCCAGUUAGAUUCUCUUAGCUCAUUGGGCAGCAUUGAAGAUUCUGUCAUUGAUCCAGAUGGAUCUGUUUAUCAUGAACAUAUAUUCUGUGCAAAUUGCAAGUUGCGUGAAGCUUUCCCAGAUAAUGAUAUAAUACUCUGUGAUGGCACAUGCAAUCGUGCUUUUCACCAACGGUGUCUCAACCCUCCUUUGGAUACUGAAAAUAUUCCUCCUGGAGACCAAGGCUGGUUCUGCAAUUUUUGUGAAUGUAAGAUAGAAAUAUUGGAGGCAACAAAUGCCCAUCUUGGGACUCAAAUCUCCUUGGACAGUACUUGGCAGGAUGUAUUCAAGGAGGAGGCUGCUAUACCCGAUGGUGAUAAUGCAUUACUGAAUCCAGAAGAAGAAUGGCCAUCAGAUGAUCCUGAAGACGAUGAUUAUUAUCCAGAGAGGAAAGAAGACAACCACAGCAUCAAAGCAGAAGGAACUGAUGAUAAUGCAUCCAAUGAUUUAAGCAGUUCUUCCAGUCUAGGGUCUUUGAAUGGUGAAUGUUCUCCAGUAGAUGAAGGCACGGGUCUUGAAUAUUAUUCUGUUAAUUGCUGCAUAGAUUCUGAUGAUUCUGGGGAAAUAGCAUGUGGCCGUAGGCAGCGUAAAUCUGUUGACUACAAGAAACUAUAUGAUGAAAUGUUUGGGAAGGAUGCUCCUCCAUGUGAACUAGUGAGUGAAGAUGAAGACUGGGGUACUGGCAAAAGAAAGCGAAGAGAAAAAGAGUCUGAUGCUGUUAAUACUCUCAUGACUAUGCAUGAAAGUGAGAACAAAAAUCCCAAUAAUGAGAAUAGUGAUGGAAUAAGAGAGGGUUCUUCAGGCAAACCAAUAAGAAGGUCUUGUUUCAGGAUUCCACAUGAUGCACUUGAGAAGCUUCGCCAAGUUUUUGCGGAGAAUGAGCUUCCUCCAAGAUCUGUCAAAGAAGGUCUUUCGAAAGAGUUGGGAAUUGAUGCUGCGAAGGUUAGCAAAUGGUUCAAAAAUGCACGCUACUUCGCACUUAAAGCAAGAAAAUAUCAAGCAGGAGGAGAGCAACUUCAGAGUUUCACUUCUAAGACUCCAAAGGAUUCUAGAUCGCAGAAUGUGGAUAAAGAUGAGCUUUUGAAAUCAAUGGCCUCCAAAAUUACUGUGACUCAAUACCAGAAGAAUGGUAAAAAUGUCACUGGCAGAGAGAAAAUAAAAUCAUGUAGCAGUCCUUUGAAGAAAAGACGACUACAAAUACCUCCACCCUUAAGAGAAAACGGCAACAAGGGUUCCAUGGAGGUCAAUGAUGAUGUUAGUUUAAAGAAACUGUUGAAAGAAAAGAAAACAAGGGUCAAUUUUAUAUCUGAAGGAGACUCUCAGGCAGCAGAAUUGGAAUUCGAAAGGAUCAGCAAACUGAAGGCUAAACUAGAUAGUAUGAAGCAAAAAUUAACUGAAGUUCAAAAUCUCAGGGCAAGUGGUUCAGAUAAACUCUGUUCAAAUGAGCCAUCUGUUAUAUAUGUACCUAUAGCUGAGUUAAGGGAAAAAGUGGAAUAAUAAUUAUACACACACAUAUAUAUAUAUAUAUAUAUACUCUGUUCAAAUGA